CCCCCCGCCGCAAAGGCAAAUGGACAAGAGCUCGGGAUAUGUUUCUUUCUGGUGAUCACCCGCACCGCUCCACCAUUAAGGCCCGUCGUUCCACUUCUCCAACCCAAUGCGAGAGUUUUGUGGAGGUUCCCAAUUCGGGCGGCGUUUCUUCCCUGGUUCAGAAAUGGAGAGGCUUCGAGGCAGAAGCCAAGUGCUGCAGCAGCAGGAACAGCUCAGCCUACAUGUAUGGCCCGCAGGACAAUGAUCAGGACGACCCAUUUGGUGGUUGGGAAUCUGAUAGAACAGCAUUCAGCGGUCCCCCUUCCUCUCGCAGCCGCGAUUCUGACGCCGCAGAAAGCGAGAGGCUGAGGGUCGCCGACAUUAUUAAAAAGUUGACCGAAGAGCGUUUCAAUGAGGUUGGUUCCGACUCCCCUCCUCGUGUUAGAACCUCAUUCGAACAAUCAGAACAGAGAUGUUUUACCCCUCUGCUGAGUUCACCCCGAAUCAGGGGCCGCCAGGCAUAUCAUGAUCUGCUCAUGCAGAUGGAGCGCGAGAGGCGUAAAGAACUUGAACGACUCGUGGGCCGCAAAGCCGUCUCCAAAUUCUCUCAUCGAGGCCGCAUUCAGGCUAUGCUUCGGAUAAGAUUCCUAAGGCGCAGCAUCGAAACCAAAGAUGCUUGGCAUUCAAAUACCACAUCAUCUGAAUCACACAAAGCUGUGCAACCUCAACCUGCAGUCGUACAUUUCAGGGUAAGAGUCGGUGCAAGUGCCCAAAAUGGUUCAGUUCACUCUGGCAGCUGCCGCAAAGAUACUACUUCUGCAGAGCCAAACUUGCACUCAGCCAAUCAACAGGAAAAAGAAAAUGAAUGCCAAGAGCUCACUAACUCAAAAAGUUGUCACAGAGUGAGGGCGGAUCACAUCCAAGAUUCUGAAGACUCUGUAACCUCUAAAGAACAGAACGCCAGCCAUUGUUCUCAUGAAGUUAAUGAAAAUAUAGAACAGAAUGUUCACAUAUCACAUAGUUAUGAAAAUAUCCAUUUUGACGGAAGUCCAUUUUCAAAACUUAUGCGGCAGGAAACCAACUGGGAGAGCAGCAACCGUAGCUCGGGUGAAUCUGCGGAGACAGCUGGAACCUCCCACAACAAAGAAACUAAUUCUGGAGACACAACCAAAUCCAUCCACAAUAUUGAUAUCAAUAUAUACAAUGAAGUGAAAGAGGGCAGUAAUCAGCAAAUUGUGAAAACCAACUAUGACUUGACAUCUGGUUAUGAUCAUCACCAGGGUUUCGUGGAGAAAGGAGAGUCCCCCAGUAAUCAGCAUUUAGUAGAAACUGAUACGUACUGGGUGAGUGACGUUUCUCAUCCUGAAGUUGGAUGGGAAGAAUUGCACUCUGAUUACCAGCAGCUUUCAGGAAAUAAUAGAGACUGGAUUGAAGAGGUAUCACGCCCUCGUAGUGAUUGGGAAGGCCUCAGGCAAGAAAGAUAUCGCGAGAUGCUUGAUCCUUUCUUAGACAAUGAAGAAAUUCGUCUACUCCUCGGAAGGAGAAGUGUCUCAACCUUUCUUUCCAGUGGUCUAAGAGAGAAAAUAGAUCAAGUGAUUAUAUCUCGUGCUCAAGGGCAAGAAACUCUAAAGAAUAAUCAGAGACGAGAAGAGAAACAGUUGCCUGAACGAGAACAAACAGCAACAUCAGAGGAAAGAGAAGGGGAAGAUGGAGAGGAUGAGCAAGAUGAAGAAGGGGAAGAUUAUGGUAAUUAUUUGAAUGAAUAUGAAGAAGCGGAGAGCUCAGUGGAGCAACGGUGUAACGAGUCUGACGAUUACACGGAUCAUAUCAGAACUUCACCACCAGCAUCAUGGCCCCAGAAUCAAGGUCAUGAAUCUAGCAAUCAUUCUUAUCAGGUUGCGUCUCCUUCUGCACAGCAGUCCUCAUCCAACCAUUACUCUCAGAACAAUGGGCAUAACUCUUCAUAUAGCACCCAUCCUGCAAUUGAAAUGGAACUGAUGUGUGAUUUGAGGGGCCAUAUGGAGCAAUUGCAUCAAGAGAUGUCUGAACUGAGAAAAGCAAUUAAAUGUUGCAUGGAUAUGCAGAUGAAAUUACAACGUUCCAUCAAGAAGGAAGUUGCAGUAGCUCUGAAUCAUUCAGAUAGAAAGCAUGGAAGAAGGAACUCAGAGAAGAAGGCGGCAAGUGGAGGGAGAUGUUGUAUUUGCUGUAAAGUGCAAGUUGAUUGUCUUCUGUACAGGUGUGGUCACAUGUGCACCUGUUACAAGUGUGCCCAUGAGCUGCAGUCGAGCAGCGGAAAAUGUCCCAUAUGUACAGCUCCCAUUUUGGAUGUUGUCCGAACAUAUUCUAAUCAUUCUUGAAAUUUGCAUGAAUGAGUUCUUGCUUUGGAGGACCUUCAUAUAUAAUUAUUUUUUGACCUUUUUCUUUUUGGGGGUUUUGUCCCAUCUGAUUCUUAAAGAUAUAUAAGUUGAAGAAUCAAGUUUCCUCCUUAUCUUGCCUUUCAUGUGUUAUAUAUAUAUUUUUUUUCCGUUUUUCUUUCAUAGUUGGAACAAAUUCAAAAUUUGUAGAGAAGCAUUGUAAUUCUGUUGUAAGUAAGAAAUGGGAUGUAAGUUGAUUUGGCAUA